CCUGCGCUGCGGAAUGCGGAAGUGAGUGGUGGGCGAGUUUGGACACGUGCUUAGCACUCGCCUUGCCCUGUGUGCUGUCAGUGAGGGCUCCAGAGUGAUGGCGGAUUACAAGAAGCAAUGCCUGGUCUCUGUGAGGGGCAGCAAGGAGUGGCAUGGGCUGGCAGCUGCCUCCUUACAGGAACUCCUGGAGAAAGGUGAGGGCAGGAGCCUGAGCUGUGGCCCCUGGGAGCCAUGUCAUGGGAUUAUAAGGGGCCACCCCUGAUACAGCCCUCCCCAUUCUAUAAACUGGGUUAUGCAUGUAAAUUAUUAAUUAUAUUAUUUUAUAUCAUAAAUACUGAACUGAAAUCUCACAGACCAAAUUAUUAAUUAUAUUAUUUUAUAUCAUAAAUACUGAACUGAAAUCUCCCAGACCAAAUUAUUAAUUAUAUUACUUUAUAUCAUAAAUACUGAACUGAAAUCUCCCAGACCAAAUUAUUAAUUAUAUUAUUUCAUAUCCUAAAUACUGAACUGAAAUCUCACAGACCAAAUUAUUAAUUAUAUUAUUUCAUAUCCUAAAUACUGAACUGAAAUCUCCCAGACCAAAUUAUUAAUUAUAUUACUUUAUAUCAUAAAUACUGAACUGAAAUCUCCCAGACCAAAUUAUUAAUUAUAUUAUUUUAUAUCAUAAAUACUGAACUGAAAUCUCCCAGACCAAAUUAUUAAUUAUAUUACUUUAUAUCAUAAAUACUGAACUGAAAUCUCCCAGACCAAAUUAUUAAUUAUAUUAUUUCAUAUCCUAAAUACUGAACUGAAAUCUCACAGACCAAAUUAUAAAUUAUAUUAUUUUAUAUCCUAAAUACUGAACUAAAAUCUCAAUGACAACAUAAGGCAGAGGGUUUUAAUCAGUAAAUGAUCAUUUAUCGCAUAUAAACCCCAUUCACAGCAGAAUUGGACAAAUUCCCCCAUAUCUCUAUAGAUACGGCGCUAUAUAAAUAAUAAAAUAGUUACAGCUUUAUAGCAGUUUAGUAAAUGAUCUCGUUUAAACUUUCUUUAGAAAUAACUCUAUAGUGAAUAACCCUCUUAUAUUAUUAUUUACAAGAAUCGUUGUACAAGGGAGUACCAGUAGAGUUAAAGACCAAGCUGUCAUAUUGAUAAUGUUUGUGACUAGAUGUGAAUUCUGACAUUUUACAGAAUAUAUGAAUGCUACAGCGCGGAUACUGAGCAACCUUAAAAAAACAUGCGGUGUGCAUCUUGUUUUUGUGUUUUAUGAUUUGCUUUUAAAAAAUAAUUAUUCUUGUUCUCUAAUUACUUGUAGCUUGCAAGUUCAUGAACCUGGACUUCCAGAAGGAGCGUGUCACCCUCGUACUGGCAGAAGAUGGCACAAUUGUGGAGGAUGAAGAUUAUUUUAUGUGCUUGCCCCCCAAAACUAAGUUUAUGGUCCUGACUGGGAACAAGAAAUGGUCUGCUCCAACUGCAGUAGGUAUGCUGCUGGUUCUAACUUGAUAGUUUUCAAGCAGCAUUGAUUUCAGUUCGUAAACAUCACAGUCUUUGACAUUGCUCAAAGCAGGAAGUAGCAGAAAGAUAAUUCCCAAGGUGUUCUAGAAGCUUUAAAUACUAUGCGAGCCUUAAAGGGACACUCCAGGCUGCAGAUCGCCUCAAUUUCUGUAAUACUAGAAAACAAGAUUAUAAUGCACAUACUAAAAAAAGCAGGAGGAACACUUCCUGCAGGGUGCUCCAGGCAGGGCCGGCCAAUUCUUGGAGACAUCGAAAGGAAGAAAAGAUAAAUAUCCAGGCACACCUGAAGUUACUUCUAAAAGGCAGUCUUUUAUUGGACUUAUUUUGUUCCAUUCAAUAGACAAUGCAUUAUAAAAACAAUAUACAAAAAGAAAACUGGAAUGAAACUUUGCUUUGACGGAUCUACAUUCACUGCAAAUCCCCAAGUAAAUGGCUUACACGGAAACUAUAGUCACCAGAACAAUAACAACUUAAUGUAUUUGUUCUGGUGAGUAGAAUCCUUCCCUUCAGGCUUUUUCAUGUAAACACUGUCUUUUCAUUGCCCCCUAGGGACAUCUCCAGCGACCAUCUGAGGAGUGCACUGCCAUUCAGCGUCUCCAUGCUCUGCAUGGAGACGCAGAAUUUUCCUCAUAGAGAUGCAUUGAUUCAAUGCAUCUCUAAGAGGAGGUGCAGAUUGGCCAAACCGUGUUUGGCCCGUCCUCACCCCCUCAUGGGAAAGCAUUGUAUUAGCUAAAAAUCGUAAAUUCUGAUGUCACCAAGGAGGCGGAUUGGGGGGUGGAGCCAGCGCUGGUGGACCCGCGCUGCAAAUAAAAGAAGUUUUAACCCCGUCUAAGGGGGGGCAAUACAUGUAAAUUGGGGUUUUAACACUAUAACAUCAGAAACCGCACCAAGACACAGUUACUUGUUCAUAACACCCUGAGGCGCAAAGACACAUGUGUGAAAUUAUUGUGCACCUGUACCAUUGUGGCUGUAUCACCCCCUCCCUCCUUCAAUUCUGUACCCUAAUGUUUCCUUUUUCCACACUGGAAAACAACAAAUAAAGAAUGUUUAAAAAAAAAAAAACACUAUAGCAUCAGAAAUGCAUGUUUGUGUUAUUGAACCUAUAGUGUUCCUUUAUGCAGGUCAAAUGCCCCCAUUAUUUUCAAUGACAUCUGAGCAUUGCCAUAAACCCAACCUGUUCUGGGGUCUGGAAUGUGUAGUUUAGCAAAUUGCAGCAAUUUCAAUAAUCACAUUGAUUGAAUUGAACUGCAGCCUGAGCUUAAAGGACAACUGUAGGCACCCAGACCACUUCAGCUCAAUGAAGUGGUCUGGGUGCCAGGUCCCUCUAGUUUUAACCCUGCAGUUGAAAACAUAGCAGUUUCAGUGAAACUGCUAUGUUUCACUGAGGGUUAAUCCAGCCUCUAGUGGCUGUCUUUCCUGUGGGCGGUUUGAAUGCGCGCGCUCUCUUGCCGCGCAUGCAGAUCUGACGUCGGCAGGGGGAGAGUUCCCUAGCACUGGAGAAAGGUAAGUGGCUGAAGGGGUUUUAACCCCUUCAGCCCAGCGGGAGGUGGGCCCUGAGGGUGGGGGGGACCUAAUGACCCUAUAGUGCCAGGUAAACGAGUGCUCCUUUAAUAUCUGUUGCACUGAGGUUGCUAUCAAGUUAUGGACAGCUCGCGUCCAUUCACUGUUUCUUGCUAAUUGAAAUCUCUGUUUAAAAAAAAAAAAUGUUUCCAUUGCACAAAACAUUUAGGGCUCCCUUUAAAUAGCAAUUUCAGGAUUUUCAGCUUCUCCUAACCUUCUCUUACAUCCUUCAUGCGUGACCCACUCAACACGCUCUGUGCAUGUUUGGACAUAACCUUUUUCUGCUGGCCUACGCUGCUCUAUAAAAAUGCAACUUUUAAAACCAGACAUUUUUCAUCUUCCUUUCCAAGAAUGUUGUCUAUUGAAUGCAAAUACACCAAACUGUUGUAUUUUUAAAAUCAGGAAAUGCGUUUUUCUUUAAAUUAUUAUAUAUAUAUAUAUAUAUGAUCGUUCUAGUCCUCAGUCUUCCUUUGCCAUGUGCCCAUGUUUGCAGAUGGAGGUACUGCGUGGAUGGCCCGAGAGUCUGUUGACCUACAAGAUGUCAUGGAAUUGGAUGGUUUAGAGACCCCAAAAUGGAAAGCAUUGGCUGCGCAAUUAAAGGAAAACUUGUCCAACAUUAUUAUUAUGUCAGAGGCGGAACUUCAGGUAUUUCUGUGAUGACUCAAACUCAGUCCAUAUAUCCACCAAUGAACAUGUUGUAGGACAGCUGUCAUGACAAUGAACAAUGUGACACUUGCCAGAGCAUUGCAUUGUGAAUAAAAACAUUGGUAUUUAUUAACUAAACACAGAAUUGUUGUGAAUGAAAGCCCAAUUGCAAAAUGUAGGCACAAAUAGGCAAGCUGUACUAUAGGUCAGUUGGAGAAAGUUUCUGAAGCAACAUUUUGUGCCUAAAUUUUGCAAAUCAGUUUUUAAUACUAUGCAAUUUAGUGUUUAGUUGAAAAAAAGAAAUAUGGGUAAAAUGUUUUCUUUUCUUUUAGAUAAUUUUACUUCUAUGCCGAUGUCCUAAAGGGACAUUAUAGGCACCCAGACCACUACAUCUCAUUAUUGAAGUGAUCUGGGUAAAGUGACGCUGUCUCAUUAACCCUGCAAUGUAUAAUAUUGUAGUUUUAGAGAAUCUGCCAUGUUUACAUUGCCUCUCGUGGCUGUCUAUCAGAUGUUUUAUCAGACGUCCUCACACAUUGCAUGAGAACAUCCAGCAUCACGAAAGCACUGGGAAAUGGGAAAGGCUUAAUGCGUGCACGUUCGAUUUCUGCCAUCAGCGCUGGAAUCAGUUGAGUGAAAGAAAUGGGUUUUUAACCCUUUCAUGGGGGAAGACAGGGGCAGAGAGACUAAAGUGUUCCUUUAAGCAUAGAGCGAAUAAAUACAAAUAUGAUGGCUGCAGUGGGUGCGAUAACGCUCCCAAGACCUGCAGAGAUCAUUUGGUAUAAUUUGUUUGUACUUUUGGUUUAUUGAAUCGCUCAGAAUAUUUUACAAAAUACAGGGAGAGCACCCAAAGACUCCUCCUCCCCCAAAUUCGGUAAAUAUCACCAAAGGAUACUAAAAGCAGAACACAUAUGGUUAUAAUCUUGAUUUUAAUAUUCUUGCUAAUAGUAAUAGCCGAUUUAUCCAGGGAAAAAUUUGAAUUAUUCUUUUCCUUUUUUUGUUUCCUGGUUUAAUAGCAGAGGAAUAAUUUUGGAAGGUGUGCAUUUUAUUAAAUCUCUCUGUCACUGUCUUGGGAUCUUUGCAUAAUUUGCCAAGAUCUCUGACCGUAUCUCCUCCGCUGGAUGUUUGGUGGUCACGGGGUGCAGACGAAGAUGAGUUCUAUUUAUCCAAAUCUGUCCCUCCCAGUCCCUGCCAUGGUCUUCCUGCCAGUCCUCUCCAGCUCCUCGUGCUUCAGCUGCCACGAGUCGAUGUCCAUGUUGUACUCUCGAACAACACUGUGUGGUCUAUGAAGGAUCUCAAGAGACAGCAUAAUCCUCCACAGACAGAGCUCUAUUAUGUUCCAUAAAACCACUGCAUUGCCUUGUUUAUAUUUUAUUUAUGUCACCCAGAGCAGUGCUUCCUCAGCCAGAUCUUUGUCCAGCAACAGCCCUGGUUUUGUCACCAUCGCCAUUGGAAUAGAAAAAAGAAAUACUUGGAUCCUGCACUAUUCCUAGCCAUAGGACUAAUUUGGGAACUACUGUCCUAAAGUUAUCUGGGACGUAAGCUUGUCAGGGUCCGGUUCGUUGUCCGCCGGAGUGGCAAAAUCAAGACCACCUGAGCUGGCGCCGCUAUCUUGGGAUAAGGCCCGAACUUCCACGGGCUCAAUUUGGGUUUUAUUCCCCCCAAAAUUAAUAUUUCCAACUUGGAGGCAUUCUUCUUGCCUUUUUGUUGUACCAUGUUAUAGUAAGGUGAGCUGGAGGUGCCCAGAUGUUCAGGAUGGAGGCAGAUUAUCGACCCCGUGCGUCGGAGCUAGGGAUCAAGUGUGCAUUACUCUCGGCGGUUAGCCACGCACCAUGCAAAGCAGUUUUUCAUACUGUACAAUUUAGUGUUUAGUUGGGAGGAAAAAAGAGUUGGGAGUAAAAGUCUGUAAAAUGCAAACUAAUUAUUUAUUUAUUUUCCCCUAGAAAAACUUUUUUUUUUUUUUUUUAAAUAAAUAUAUGAAUUGCUUCAGUGUUAUCAAGCAGGACAAGUUUAGUUUCAAGCUUGCCUUUUUCUUUAGACGCUGAUUGAAGUACCCGUUGAAGAUCUGUCGAGAGAAGUCUCGGAAAGUCAUGACAAAGUGCGAGUGCUUCAGGACACUCUUCAAAGAGUGCUGGAUCGCAGGGAGGAGGAACGACAGUCUAAGCAGCUCCUCCAGCUUUAUCUACAAGCCAUAACAAGAGACGAAGGUUCCGGGAUGAGUUCAAUUGGUAAGAUCAUACUGAUCAUCAAAAAAUUGGGCAGACUAGAUGGGCCGAAUGGUUCUUAUCUACCGUCACACACUGUUUCUAUAACCCUCUAAGGAAACGGGAAUCUCUGUAAAAUAUUCCUUAGUAAUCUCAUUUUAGUACAGAGGUUUGCACACUUACAUUUAUUGAUGCCUCCCGCUGGCAUGGGGUAAUAAGAACUGUGGGCUAAUGAUGGAGCAAGUAACGGGCAAUAGAUAUUUAGAAUGGAAUUCAGAGUAUGUAUCUGUCCCCCAACACUGCUCCUUUACUCUUGUUUCUCACUCAGCAGCUGUAAAUACUGAUGAAGUUGAUGCUGGUCAACAGAGCAGAACUCCGCUCCUUGCUGUUUCAAUCAUCAAAACAUUGAAAGAGAAAAAACUGCCACAUCUUAGUUUAUCAAACAGUGAACUAGAGGUAGGUGUUUGUACUUCAAUACUUUACUUGUUGAUGUUUUACCUUUUAUUUGAAUGUACACUAACAGGGUUAUUUACUAAACACUGAACUCUCCAAAUACUGUGUGACCAUACCAACUGUAGCGUGCUGUUGUGGUAAUGGUGAUGUGUAGACUUCUGCCAUGAUAAAUUGUCCGCUUGAGUUUCAAAGAAUGUAAAAUUUAAAUCCCAUAAGCCAUCAAUGGCGAACCAUGACACCCAACUGUUUCUGAACUACUUUUACUUAUAACACUGAGCUUUGUGGAAAUGUAGGAAAUGUAAAGGGUGCGAAGGAUGGCCAUUACGGCAACAGAGAUUUCUUCCAUUAAUCUACUUUUACUUAAUUAGGAAUUAUACCAUUUGAAAAGUUAGGACAAAAUUGCUGAUUUGAAAAACUCAGCUACAGUUAAGUCUAUACUGUUUCGGCUUACAUUUAGAAAUGUUGUUUUUAAACCAUAAUUCAGCGAAUAAAACCCUUAGACUUAGAUUUGUAUCCAAUCAAAGUAAAAUUAAAUCAAGUCUGCGCUCUUGUUUUUGUUAUUAAUUUUAGAGACAUUAGACAUUAACUCACCAUAACAACCAGUGGAAUAUUGCUGCAGAUUGCACUUGGUGCAGAAUUGCUCUUUAUAUUGUCACUCGUACCCCUGAGAGCUAGUUUGCAUUUUAAAAGGGGCAGUAAAAGUACCUUUAACACCAUAAAGUACACUGAAACCAUUCAAGCUUGGUGGUAAUGGUCCCUUUAACUGUGAUUACAUCUCCUCCCAGGCUGUCACAAAUGAGGAUUCCAACACCUUGGCAGUGGCUUUGAACUGGAAAACGCAGAAGGCUGUUGAACUUCAGAAUAGCUGCCUUCAGGAAUUACAGAAUCGCAGUCAGCAAGCGCAGUGUCUGAACUCGCUGGCAACGUUGUCCAAGAAGACAAAAUAUCAGCCCUGAAGCAUGAAUCAAGGGAUUGGCUGAACUUUGCCAAGAACAGCCAAGCUCUGUGUGUAACAGAGUCACGUUACUGGUUGUACAGCAUGCCGGAGUGUGCAGUCACCACCCAUUGAGGCUCGACAUUUUACCUGCCUCGCAACAAGCACGACAAUUGGCAUGUUUCCUGUGCUCCUGGUCUGAGCAUUAAAUGCAGACUGUUUAGUGAAUUAAAAAAACGAAUUCAAAAACCCUGGCUGUGGCUAUGAGUCUCUUGGAGAUAUUUUGGUUUUUCUUUCAAAUCUGCUGUCUUGGCCUUCAUAUCGCAGUUCUGUUUUCAGUGGACUAUCUACUGCAUAAACUUUUUACUUUUUUUUUUUUUAUGAAAAUAAUAAUCUGAUAUUUUAUAUUUCCCUUUUUAUUUCUUUACCAUCUUUGUUACAGGUAAAUUGUCUAAGUUUGACAAAGCACUUGUCGCAUCAAUAAAUUUUAUUAUGUAAUAAUUCCUAUUUUCUGCAGUGUUUUGCUGUUUUGGGUGCUAUUUUUUUUUUUUGUGUGUGUGUAUUUGUGAUUUCAUCUUUCAUCUCCCUGCAACCUUUAUUAUUAGUCCAGCAACGUAUACUUCCAAACUUUCUUUUACCUGUGGUACAGUGUAUCUGAAUAUGUUGGUGCCAUAUAUAUGUUUUUCUCAUUUAUCAUUUUUAUUGAAUGACAAUUGCAACACAUAACAUGGUAAUUAAUUUCAAGUCGCCUACACAGCGAUAUUUGCGGAUAACAUUCUACAUAUCGCCCUAUGUAGAGCCUUAUUUCUCGCUCAAUUGAUCAAUUAACCGCUUAAGUAUACAAAUAGUCAUACAAAUAAUCUGUGUGUCAGG